AGCAAAAGCCUCAUGAAACUUUUUGUAGCGCUGUUGCUUUGGGGCAGCACGCUGGCCGAUGAGGCCGCAGAGGCUGCAGGUGAGCCUGGAAUGGCUGAAGGGCAUCAAGGGCCACCGCCUCCGGUACCUGAUUUGACAGAGGAAGACCUUCGCAAGUUGUUCCCCUUGAUGGACAAGAACGGUGAUGUCAAAAUUUCUAUGGAUGAGCUCAGAGACUUCCACUUCUACACAUCAAUCAGCCAUGCAGUGAAGUUUUUCAAAGUACCUGCCUGGAUGGAUAGCAACAAGGACAACAAGUUGAGCUUGGAAGAAUUGCAGGAAGCCAACCACAAGGCUGGUAUGAGCAUGCCGCAUAUCGACCCAGAUGAAAUCAAGAAACAGUUUGCAAAGGAGGAAGCAAAAUUCAAAGAGCUUGACAAGGAAAAGAAGGGUGUACUUGAGAAGGAAGAUGUGAUUCUCUUCUUCCACCCGAAUCUCGACCCUAGGGUGUCCAUCAUUGAGACGAAACAUCUCAUGGAGAUCUCAGAUUUUGAUCAGGAUGGUGUACUGUCCAAGGCCGAGUUCGAGGCCAAGGAAUUUCCUGCUGAGUUUGCAAAGGUGGACACGAACUCCGAUGGGAAGAUAGACACUGAAGAGAUGCACGAGUGGUCGGCAGGCCUCUUGGAGUUUGUCGAUAUCAUGAUGCGAGUGGAGCAGCUCGCUGACCAAGACAAAGAUCACGGUCUUUCAUUGGAUGAGCUUCUGAAAGCACGGGAAGCCAUCUCCAAGGAAGGCGUGGGCAACGUCUUCCGCAGCUGGACAGCCAUGCACAAUGAGUUGUAGUGCGGAGACUGCUGGGCAGCGGUGAUUCAAAAA